AUGUCUCUCCACGUUGGUGACGGGAGCGACAGCCGACGUACCAGGUCGAGAUCUCGCGAUCGUCGUUCCGGUGACGAGACGAAACCCUCAUACAUUGACUCGAGGGAUUCAAGCUACGCUUAUCCCGAGGCCGACCUCGACGCUAAGUACAGGCCCCGUCACGAUGAGCCGCUCUCCAGCUCUGCUAGAGCUUCCUCUUCGGGCCUGCCAUACCCUGCCGAGGGCGAAAUUGACAAUCUGCUCCCCGGAGAUCAGUCGCUCUACAGCUAUGACUCGCACCACCCCAUACGCCGCGCCACCUCUCCGGCGGCAGACCCGCCCUACCGCAGCUCGCGUGACAAGGUUGCCGACGCACCGUCCCACCGCAGCUCGCGCGACAAGGUGGUGAUGAGUGACGCGCCACCGGGUGCGCUCCCCAGAGAGGAUGAUGAUUCCGACGACGGCAAGGGUGACGACAGACGAGGUGAAACCAAGAAGGAGCGCAAGGAGCGCAGACAGCGCGAGGCCAAGGAGAAGGAGAAGGGGUCCAGUCAGUACGCUGACGACAACGAGAGGCUCGACAAGUACCUCCCCUCCAAGUACAGCGCCAGCGCCAGCAAACGCCGCGACGACUCCGACGACGAGCGCCCGCCUCUGCCCGACCGUCGCGGCCAGAGGGCCGAGGAGGGAGAACGUAGCAGAGUAGACUACCUGCCACAAAAGUACAGCAGCGCUCCAGCCGACAAGCCCGGCGCAGACAACAGACACAGCUACGGAAAGGACAGGGUCCAAAAGAUCAUGAACCUUCCGCAGAGAUACCUCGGGCGAUACCACGACAGUCACGACUCGUCCUCCUCGGACCAAAGCAAAUCGUCCGACAGGGAAGAGCGCCGCAGGAGGAAGAAGGAGCGCGACGAGGAGGACCUGGCGUACGGCAAGCCUCCGGGUCCACCUCGCUCGUCCGUCCGAGACGACCGGGAGACGUGGGGGAGCUACAUGUCCGGCUCGAAGUGGGAGGACAAGCACCGUCAGCGCCCCGGGCACGACGACCCCCGCCGAGAAGACUACCGUCGCAGGGACGACGUCGUCCCCGCCAGCCCGUCGGGUGCUCGCCAUCGACGCGGCAGCUCGUACGCAGACGACCCUCGCGGGCCGCGGCCCGAGAUUCGCACGGUCGAGCCGGGUAACAGGAGGCGCGACGACGAGCCCCCGAAGAAGCCUCCCCGCCCCUCCGAUACGUUGAAAGUGGGGACCACGGCCGGUGGGCGCGACAGAUCCCGCUCCAGGGAUUCACGGCGCGAGAGCGGCCACCGCCGUGAGAAGUCGGACACGCUGACAGUCGGUGCGGCCGCCGGCCGCAACAAGUCCAGGUCCAGGUCGCGCGACGGACGGCGCGACAGGUCACCCCAGCCGCAGACGAAGCGCAUGUCGUCGCUGACGGUGGACACGGGUCUACCGGCCGCCGCAUCCCUGUCCGCCGCCUCCGGGUCCCCGAUGCUCGAGUCGUACCGCGGCACGUACCAGGACUGCUCGCCAAUGCCAUCCCCGCUACUCCUCGCGUCUGGAGGACCUGGCGGUGCCGGCGCCAACGACGACGUCAGGGUGAUUGAGGCGCUGUCGCCCGCGGAGUCGGACGUGGACGCAGACGGCAAGAAGCGCACGCGGCGCGCCCGCUUCCACGACGCCGAGGACAUCGCGUCGCGGCUCGCCGUGGCCCUGCGCGGCGACGGCCCCCCGCAGCGCGAGCCGCUCGUGGAGAUCCUGCCGAGCCUGACGCACGAGCAGGUCAUGCAGCUGCGGGCCGACUACAAGGCCAUCGUCAAGACGGGCAGCCAGCGCAAGGGCGUCAACAUAGCUAAGCACAUCCGCGCGCGGCUCAAGGACGAGAACCCCAACCUGAUGAAGGCCUGCUACGCCGUGGCGCUGGGCCAGUGGGAGAGCGAGGCAUACUGGGCCAACUACUGGUACCAGGGCGACAAGACGCGGCGCGAGCUGCUGAUCGAGUCGCUCAUGGGCCGCACCAACGCCGAGGUCCGACGCAUAAAAGACGCCUUCACCGACAAGAAGUACGACAACAGCCUGACGAAGUGCAUGAAGACGGAGCUCAAGGAGGACAAGUUCAAGAAGGCCGUGCUCAUGGUCCUCGACGAGCGGCGCAUGGAUGAGGUCGACGACCAAGGACGACGCCUCCCCCUCGACUACCGCCUCGUUGACAAGGACGUAGACGACCUCUGGAAGGCCAUCAAGUCCGAAAAGGGCGGCGAGUCCCUCAUGAUCUCCAUCGUCGUCCAGCGCAGCGACGCCCACCUUCGUGAGGUACUAAAGGAGUAUGAAGCUGCUUUCCACUCCAACUUUGCUAGGGAUUCUCUAAAAAAGAGUGGUAAUCUUGUUGGUGAACUCCUAGCCCACAUCCUAAACGGAAUCAUCAACCGUCCCGUCCGCGACGCCCUGCUACUCCACCACGCCCUGACGGCCUCUAGGAAGGACGAGCUCCGCCACGAGCUCCUGACAUCCCGUCUUGUCCGGCUGCACUGGGACGCUUCGCACAUGCAGGACGUGCGGAGGGCGUACCUGGACCGGUAUGGCGUCGAGCUGCAGAACGCCGUUCGCGAGGCCACCAGCGGGCACUGGGGUAUGUUUUGCGAGGAGCUGUGUAUUGCGAGGGUGCCGUCUGCCGUCAGGACGUUGCAUGUUGCUGAGUGA